CGCCCGCAGGUGAGCAGUGGUGUGUGAGAGCAGCCAGGCCCUCUACCUGCCACUCGGGGCAGCCCCUGGAGCCAGCUGUGCGGGUCCUCCUGAAGCCUCUGCAGAUCGUCUCAGAAUUCACUGCUGAAAGCCCAGAACAGGAGCCACCAUGAAGUGCUUCAGCUUCAUUAAAACCAUCAUGAUCAUCUUCAACUUGCUCAUUUUUAUAUGUGGUGCCACCCUGCUAGCUGUGGGCAUCUGGGUAUCUGUCGACGGGGGCUCCUUCCUGAAGAUCUUCAGGUCGCUGUCGGAGGAUUUCACACAGUUGGCCAACGUGGGCUACUUCCUCAUCGCAGCUGGUGCUGUGCUGCUCGUCCUUGGUUUCCUGGGCUGCUACGGUGCUCACAAGGAGAGCAAGUGUGCUCUUAUAAUGUUCUUCAUCAUCCUGCUUGUCAUCUUCAUUGCUGAGAUUGCAGCUGCUGUGGUCGUCUUGGUAUACACGAAUUUGGCUGACAAACUCCUGUCAACAGUGGUAGUGCCUGCCAUGGUAGACUAUGGCUCCCAGCAGGACUUCACCCAAGUGUGGAACAGUACCAUGAAAGGGCUCAAGUGUUGUGGCUUCAACAACUACACGGAUUUCAGCAACUCAUCCUACUAUCAUAGCUAUGGUGUGUAUCCCCCAUUCUGCUGCUUCAACAAGACAAAUGAAACAGAGGACACACCUUGCACUGAAGAGAAGGCAAAGGAACUGGACAUAGAGGGCUGCUUCAAACAACUUCUGGAUGAGAUCCAAACCAAUUCAGUUGCUGUGGGCGGUGUGGCAAUCGGAAUUGCAGCCCUGGAGUUGGCUGCCAUGAUUGUGUCCCUGUAUCUAUACUGCAAUAUAAACUAAAGCCUGCUCUACUUCCGCCACUGCUGUGCCAUGGAGAACACAAAAAAAGGCAUCCUGGCCCUGCCAAGUGACUGUCAUCAGGGUGCAAACAGAAUCUUGCGGAGUCACUCGGCCCGGAAUGGGCCUGCCCUUGCUGCUUUGGGCUUGGAGCUAAGUAAGGCCCAUCCCUUCUAGGCUCAGCCUGACUCUUCCCUCCCUAGGCGGGGUUAGGCCUAGGUGUUCCAGGCCAUCUAAGGCAGCCAAUUCUUCCCCUUCCCCGUCCUUUGGCCAAGGAGGGCUCUUGGUGAUCCUGGUGCUCUUCUAGGGAAUGAAAAGAAGGUACCUGGUGGCUGGGGCAUCCUGCCAAUCAGCAGAGCUAUGGGGCGGAUGUGGAGAAGGCUCUUCAGAACUCAUAAACCCACUAAACCCUU